UCUCUCCUCUUUCUCUCUCAUCCCAAAAUCGCCAUGGCUGAACCUUCUCCACCUCCAUCUCCACCUUCACCACCGCCGCCGCCGCCGACCGGAGAAGAAGAAGAUGCAGCUACAUUGGUGACGAUCACAGAAAACAACAUGCAUGAAUCACCACCAACCAACCACAAAUCCAUCAAAAACUACACUCUUCUUCUAGCGAUGAACUACGCUUUUCUGUUCGUGGGUUCUGUUUCUGCAACCCUAAUACUGAAAUUCUACUUCAUUCAUAAAGGAUCAAGCAGAUGGGUUUCCACGUGGGUUCAAUCUGCGGGUUUUCCGGUUCUUCUUCUUCCUGUAUACCUCCCGUAUUAUGUUUUCAAAUGCACCGAAAGAAAACCGUUUUCUGGGUUCAGCUCGAAUCUUUUGAUUCCGUCGUUGGUUGUCGGAGUUUUCUUGGGUGUAAACAAUCUCCUAUUUUCAUGGGGGAAUUCGUAUUUGCCGGUGUCGACUUCUUCGCUGCUGCUUUCUUCUCAGUUGGCUUUUAAUCUGAUUCUGUCUGUGAUUAUCGUGAAGCAGAGAAUCACAUUCAAAAACCUCAACUGUGUGAUUCUUCUGACGUUGAGUUCGGUUCUUUUAGCGAUCGGUUCGAGUCACGAUAAACCGGCCGGGUUGACUCGGUCGAAGUAUUUAAUCGGGUUCUUCUCGACUCUGGGUGCGGGGUUGAUGUUCGCUUUGUAUCUUCCGAUAAUGGAGGCGAUAUACAGGAGGGUUUACUGCUACGCGAUGGUGCUGGAGAUGCAGCUGGUGAUGGAGGCGGCGGCGACGGUUUUCGCCACCGUGGGGUUGGCGGCGGACGGCGGGUUUGGUGAUAUGAGGGUGGAGAGUGGGGUGUUCGAUAGUGGGGGUGGGGUGGUGGGGUACUGGUUGACUAUUGUUGGGAAUUUGAUUGUGUGGCAGUUUUGCUUUGUGGGUACAGCUGGCAUGGUUUUCUUGACGACGUCGUUGACCGGUGGGAUUUGUAUGACGGCGUUAAUGGCCGUUAAUGUUGUGGCUGGGGUGGUGGUUUAUGGGGAUGCGUUCGGCGGCGUUAAGGCGGUUUCCACCGUGCUGUGUGUGUGGGGGUUUUGUUCUUAUUUGUAUGGAAUGUUUGUUAAGAAUAUGAAGAACAAUAACAAGUGUGAUGAAUCUGUUGAGAUGAAUCAGAUUUAAUUUAAUUCUC